AUGAACAGGGAACAAACAUUCAUCACAGAACAGAUACUAGCUAAGAGCCUGCCCACUGCCGAAAAGGCGGUGGAUGAAAAUAGGCUUCAAGAUACACUCCUCUUAUUACCAACAGAUGGAGGCCUAUCUUCUCGACUCAAGAAAAAGAAUGGAAAGCUGAGGCUUCUUAGUGGUGAGCACAUCAAAAACUCAACACAUAGUGCAUACCGCGAGAUUAACAAAAACUCGAAGCAUGCCUUGAAGAGUUACAUCAACGGUGCACGAAAGGCCAGUAGCACGGCGAAGCGUAUUGCUAGCGAGAAAAACUUGAGAGAGAGGCCUGAGCUCCUCGGCUAUCUCAAAGAAAAGCACCCUAGUGUUUUUGGCUCAAUCCCUCGAUUUGACCAAAUUUUGCCCAUGCAUGAAGAGCUGUGGGUUAAUUACAUGCGGGAAAUAUUAAAUAUUCCAGACGACGUUCCUUCCGCAUCUAAACUGAAUAUCAAUGGCACAAAUGCACUUCUCAAGCUCUCGAUGGCCGAUUACAACGGCUGCAUGAUUACUGUGACUAAAAGUCGCAACGAAAACUUGCGUGGUAUCAAGGGCAUAGUGAUUUGGGACUCUCAAAAAGACUUUAUACUGCUCUGCCGCGGAGAGCUCGUAGACGAGAUUAAAUGCGUCCCCAAGAUGGGUACUAUUUUCGCUUUUGAAAUCCCAGUAAAUAAGGACGAAGCAUUACAAUACACCAUUCUUGGCGACCGCUUCAAAUACAGAAGCAGCGAUCGAGCUGGCAGGAAGUUCAAAAGUCGACGGUGCGAUGAUAUGCUAUAUUAUAUAAGUGGAAGAUAA